UCACUGUCCAAAAGAUAAAGUGAAGAUAUAGCAGGCUCUAGUAGCAGCUGCAGCACAAGAGAAGAGAAGUGAAGUCCCACAUCUUCCUCUUCUUCACUUCCGUAAUUGCCGUAGCUUUAAUCGAUUUUUGGAAUCCCUGAUUUUGGUAGUCUUGUCAAACACAAUGGCAGCUUGUAGACUAUUCACAGUUUCUCUUCCAAAUUCAAGUCUCUCAUUUCAGGAUAAAAGGGUUGCAUUGUCGCCAUUAUCAUUCCCUACUUGUAAGGAAUAUAGUUGCAGGCAAUUGCCUUACUCGCGUCUUAAACUGUCGGCUUCUCUGACCUCUUCAUCAUCACAACCACCACCACCACCAUCGUCGCCGUCGUCGUCAUCUUCCACUCAUAAAGUCCCCAGAACUAGGCUCUAUUUGAGCGGACUAUCAUUUCGUACUACAGAAGAGAGUCUGCGAAAUGCUUUCCAAAAUUUUGGCCAACUUGUUGAACUCAAUCUAGUGAUGGAUAAAGUUGCAAACAGACCUAGGGGUUUUGCUUUUCUCCGUUACACAACCGAGGAGGAAUCCCAAAGUGCUAUUGACGGAAUGCACGGGAAGACUCAAUUUUACAUUCAACAGCUUCCAUUCUUCUUCACCAUGGUUGCCCCCAUCAUCUUCAACAUCAUUCCGCUACUGUGCUUUGACCAAGCAGGAUUGAGCCGUGGAGAUUCGACGUCGCAUAAAGCAAAAAACCAGAUCUGAAACUAAAACUGAAUCGCGGUGGUUGUCGAACCAGAUCUGAAUUUUUCUGUUCUUUUUUUAUCAUUUUCAGAUCUGUAAUUUGUUUAUUUUCUUACCGUUUUUCACCAUUAAACAUGUAUAAAGAGUAUAUUUAAAGAAUUUAAUACUCAUUUCAUGUUUUGUAGAGUAAUUUUUUGAUUUUCUGAAAUAAAAUUCUGUCAUUUCUGCCU